AGAUGCUUGGAUGAUGUACUCCAUCAUAUAUAACACAUAAACCAGACUUUAUGCCACAAACCGACGCUUCGACGACUGUUUUUUGACUUUUAAACUACAUCCAUGCAAGUGACCUUGGCAAAUCUAGGUUUUGGAAGUUUUAAAACAUCAAUACGCGUUAUACACGCCACAGAAAACUCGACAUGAAUGUCUCACAUGGACUACUGAACCGGACGAUCUCUACAGCGAAGCAGCCUUUGGAAAGCGUUCAAGGAUGCUGCAGUAACUUCUCGGUGAUCACGAGCGACGGGCUCGGUUCACCGGUUCAGGACGAGCGCGAUCAGUUCAUCAUGCGUUUGGUGCAGAUCGCGGUUCUCUGUGUGCUGUCACUGACGGUCAUUUUUGGCAUAUUUUUCCUCGGGUGCAAUCUACUCAUCAAGUCCGAGAGUAUGAUAAAUCUGCUGGUGGAGGACAGAAGACCUUCCAAAGAUGCGGAUAUUAUUAUGAUUGCUGCAUAAAUCGGACACAAACUGGAAAUCUCUCAUGAACGGCACCUGUUGGUAUGGCUCUCAUGCCAACGAUGAACUAAAUGUAUUUUUAUGUAGGCUAUUUCAUCUUGGACCAGAACCUGUUAAUGAAACGCAUGUUUUUGAAAAGCCAGAAAUGUGUGGUGUUGAAUAUUUGUCUACAUCUUCUUUCAAAACAAAUCUUCAUGAAGAACAGAGAAAGAUAACCUGACAAAUUCAUUAAUCCAGGACAGAUCAUUUGAAAUUAUGAAUUUGUCAUUUCUUUUGUAUUUAUAUUGGCCGAAUUGAUUCAUGUGACUCCUUGAAAUGAUUCAAAAAUUUAAUAAUUAAUGUAUUAAAGAAAGAUUGUGUUAA